ACCAUUUUGGUAAAAAACUAUGAUAAACGAGAUGUAUUUGUGAUAAAGUUUGAUGCAAGAAGUUUGUAUGAAUAUGCUGCCGAAAUUGAAGGAAAUGGAAAAACAGAAGAUACCUAUCCUUAUUUUAGAGAUGUAAGACAAUUUAGAAAUUCGUUGUUGUUAGAAUUGCCUAAUGGAAAUUUUGCUGAUACAAUGGCAAAGUGUUUCUUUUUUGAUGCCUAUCAAUUUCAUUUUUAUACAGCAUUAAAAAACAGUACUGAUACACGUUUAGCUGCUAUUGCAGAAAAAUCAUUGAAAGAAGUUACUUAUCACCUUCGUUUUAGCUCUGAAUGGGUAGUACGUUUAGGUGAUGGAACCGAUGAAAGCAAACAAAAAAUGCAAAAUGCAAUUGCUGAACAUUGGGAAUAUGCAGGCGAAUUGUUUUCUCCAAGUGACAUUGAAGCUGAAAUGAUUGAAAAAGGAAUUGCACCGAACAUAGCUGAUUUAAAAGAUGCUUGGCAAAAAACUAUUGCUGACACAAUUGAAGAAGCAACAAUUUCUUUUCCUUUAUCGAACGAAAAAAAAAACGUUUCAGAUCCUGAAGUGCCUGUUUUAUCUAUUUUAGAUUUAGGCAUAGUGAGAGAUGUGAAAAUUAAUGCUGAUGAAUCGAUUGAAAUCUUAAUCACACCAACAUACAGUGGUUGCCCUGCUAUGCAAAUGAUAGCCAUGAAUGUGAAAAUGGAAAUGUUUGCUCAAGGAAUAAAAAAUGUAAUAGUAACAGAAGUUUUAUCACCAGCCUGGACAACCGAUUGGAUGACUGAAAAUGGAAAACGAAAAUUAAAUGAGUAUGGUAUUGCAUCUCCUCAAAAUAAAUCAAAUGAGUAUAUUUCUAUCGAAGAUUUAAUUGUUCCUUGUCCAAUUUGUAAAUCUAAAAAUACAACUGUAAUUAGUGAAUUUGGUUCAACAGCUUGUAAAUCGUUGUAUCGUUGCAAUGAUUGUUUAGAGCCGUUUGAUUAUUUUAAA